AUGGAUCAAUUCCUGUUUGCCAAAGACCCUGGGCGACAUGGUUGUCAAAUUUGGGACCCGGAUAACGCGUCGCUGUCACGCUGUGCACAACCUUACUUGGUCAUUGCACCUGCAGCCGUGGUUUUGCUUAUUUCGCUGCAGCAUUGGCUUGGGCCAAUGCUUCGACAGUGGCGCCCAAAGUGGACUAUUCCGUUCAUCUCAGAGGAACGCGAUCAACAGGAUUUGGUGAUCCAAGAGACGAAACAAGCUCUACGAUGGACAGUCCUGCUUCUCAGCUUCGCGCUUAUCGGGUUGGCAGCGGAGAUUGCUCAUUGCAUUCCCCGAAGUAUCGGCGUUUCCGCUACUGCUCUCAUCGCAUCCUGGAUCUUAGUAGCAAUAGCGAUAGUAGCGAAACGGCCAACAUCAUGCUCGCUAACUAUGCUAGCCUUCUUCGUUCUCGUCUUCAUUGUCGAAACCGUGCUAUCAACAGCGGACGAGGAAGGCAUGAAGGCGAAGGCAGUCUCUCGCUAUAUUGCAGCUGGCGCUGCCUUAAUGGCUUGCUUGACAAUCUUAAUGAUGCCCUUUCGGACAUCGUCUCUUCCAGUGUUUGAUAUCAGUGCCGUGGGACAGGCGCCAUCCAGCAACUUUCGUAGCCCCGAGGAUAACCUUCGACUAUGGCAAUUCCUGACCGUCUCGUGGAUGGCACCAUUGAUGUCUAUCGGUCGCAAACGACAGCUUCACGAGCCAGAUGUAUGGCUUCUAGGAUUCGAAUUUCAGCAUCGUCGCCUGCAUGAGCAAUUUCGCCGUAUUCGGGGAUCCGUCCUUAGUCGAGUGUUGACAGCAAACGGGCUUGAUGUUAUCAUCAUCUCAGCGAUUGCGAUUGUCCAAAUGCUCUGUGACUUCUCAACGCCAGUUCUCUUGCAACAACUCCUUCGAGCUAUACAGGAUCCAAGCAAACCUAAGCGCGUCGCACUGACUUAUGCUAUCUUGUCACUGGUGAUCCGCCUAGUUUCUUCUCAGUCCCAGGUGUUGAAUCUGUGGUAUGGGAGACGUUGCUAUGAGAGAUCCCGAGGCGAGAUGAUUAUGAUGAUCUAUGAAAAAGCGCUAUCACGAAAAAAUCUUAUUGGCUUGCAUAUAGAAAAUGAACAGCAGAAGCCGACCGAUGAAGAGGAUAUCAGUGAUAAUAAUAUAGCGGCAGAGGAAGAUGAAGCGCAUUCCUCCAAGCCAAGUUUCCUGAGCUGCCUUUUCCACAGAAGCUCUGGAAAGCCCAAAAUCAAACCAUCAAAGCCCAAAGAAGCUGCCUCUCUUGGAAAGAUUUUCAACCUUCUCCGGGGCGAUGUUUACGAUGUAGCUCAACGAUUCUGGGAAAUAGACAGACUAAUUGAUCAACCACUGGGCUUGAUUAUUGCUGUUGUUCUCGUCUGGGUGCUUUUUGGCCCCUCUUGUUUUCUUGGUAUCUUGGCUGUCUUGGUAGCCCAAGUUCUGAAUGCCUUGAUCACUCGAAUUCUCCUUCGACGGGAGCGAGUCACAAGAGCUGCAACCGAUACUCGCCUCCAAACCACCUCUCAAUUUGUGGAAGCAAUUCGACAUUUGCGGUGGUAUGGUUGGCAAAAUCAAUGGCUCAAACAAGUCAUGGAUGCCCGACAGACUGAGUUGAACCGUCGGAUCGUCACCAGCUUGUGGAGCACAUUGAUCCAAUUUGUCAAUUCGUUCACGAGCGGUGCAUUCCCCGUGGUUGCUUUGUAUGCGUACACUAUGCUAGCAGGCCAUGAACUACGGAUCGACAUUAUUUUUCCCGCGUUACAGCUUUUUACCAUGCUUGAGACCCGCCUUCGAGAAGUUCCAGGUCUGAUCACAGUUCUAAUAAACUCCUCUAUCGCCCUGAGUCGCAUUGAAGAUUUCAUGAUGGAACCAGACAAGACGAGCAUUCCACUCAAUGGCUCAAUCGACGAUUCAACUUUCAGACUAGAGUCCUGUUCAUUUGCCUGGCCAGGAAAAAAGAAAGGCGUGCUCACUGACAUCAACGUGACAAUUCCGAAGGGCCUGACUGUUGUGACCGGAAAGGUUGGGGCUGGUAAAACUGCUCUUCUGCAGUCUCUUCUAGGAGAGCUUGAUAAACUUGGUGGCACAGCGCACAUUCCCAAUGAAAUGGUGGGCUACUGUGCACAAACACCCUGGUUGCAAAGUAUGAGUAUUCGAGAGAACAUUCUUUUCUCGGCUCCCUAUGAGGAACACCGUUACAAACAGACACUUGAGGCAUGUGCUUUACUUCCAGAUCUCUCUCAAUUCAAACAUGGGGACUUAACAUUCAUUGGCGAGAAUGGUGUCGGACUCUCAGGAGGACAGAAAGCACGCGUUGCUCUCGCACGGGCUGUAUAUAGCACAUCUCGCGUCCUUUUGCUGGAUGAUCCAUUGUCAGCCUUAGAUCAUAAUACUGCAGAAUUCGUGGUUCGAAAAUGCUUGUCAGGGCCCUUGACCCGGGGACGCACAACCGUUCUGGUCACGCAUCGGACUGCAUUGAUUCGCGACAUCGCCGAUCAGAUUAUUCAGAUUGACGAAGGACAUGCCACGGUUUAUGGCAAGUCUUCGAUUCCUGCAAUUAUUCAGCAAUCCGAUGUUGGUCCUGCAUUGGGAUUGCAUAGUCCAGAAGCCGGAGGUGAACAAGUAACCAUUGAAGAUGAAGAAACAGCAGUGCCGGACAAAUUCAUUGAGGAUGAAUAUCGCGCCGAGUGGGGUGUUCAAUCUCGAGUCUAUUGGAGCUAUAUCAAGUCCGCAAAAUAUCGCUGGUGGAUUCUUCUGGUUUUUGUGCUAGCUAUUUUUCGAUUGACCGCUGUUGGACAAUCGUGGUUUCUGAAAGGAUGGGCCGAGGCCUACGACCAGAAGCCAGUUGCCUAUAACGGCAUAUCAGUGUGGAAAGGUCUUUCACAAGAUACACUGAUGAUUUCUGUUUCAAAUGCAGGCACACAACUCUCCCCCAACAAUCCCAUGAUUAAACUUCCGCCUCCAAAUGAAGAUGUUCGGCCUUGGCUUUGGGCUUUUUUUGCAAUAGUAUCAUUCCAGGCCAUCGCACUGGUUGUGUCCCAAUUAAUAAUGCUGAUCAUUGUUUACACCGCUGGCAAGACUUUGUUUCGACGAGUGAUGGCCCGAGUCAGUAAUGCUACCUUCAGAUUCUUCGACAUCACUCCGGUAGGAAGACUGAUGAACCGUCUGACAUCUGAUAUCGGAGUGGUUGAUGGAAACAUCAGCAUGCAGUUUCAAGCCAUUGCCUUCCACGCCAUUACUUGGAUAUCUUCUAUUCUUGUUAUUGCCACAGCGACUCCAAUUUUCCUUGCAUUUUCACUGGCGCUCACUAUGGCAUUUGUGACAAUCUUCCUCCAUUUCUUGCCGACUUCACAAAGCCUUCGGAGGCUCGAGAUGGUAUCACUUUCACCUCUCCUCUCCAACUUUGGAGAGUUGCUACAUGGUUUGACCACCGUCCGUGCUUUUCAUGCCGAGGGACGCUUUCAGAGCCGCGUCAUCUCAGUGGUCGAUAAGUUUCAAGGAAUGGAUCAUUUUUACUGGUCAUUACAAGCAUGGCUCACAUACCGAUUCGAGAACUUGUCUGCCUUCUCGACAUUUUGUCUUACAAUUCUGGCGCUAUACACAAACACGACACCCGGGCUGGUGGCAUUCGUGCUCAUCGCUGCGAACAACCUCGUUUCCUCGACACAUGCUCUAUGCAAGCAGUAUGGCCAAUUACAGAUGGACUUUGUAUCAGUAGAGCGAGUUGAUGAGUUACUUCAUAUUGAAGAGGAGCCAUGUGGCACAGUUGACCCUCCUGCGGCGUGGCCAAAGUACGGCAGUGAUAUUACCUUUGAAGAUGUAACAAUUCGAUAUGCACCUCAUCUCGAUCCCGCGUUGAAAGACGUUUCCUUCAAGAUUCCCGGGGGUUCUACUACCGCAAUCAUUGGUCGCACGGGUAGUGGCAAGUCUACUUUGGCGGUGUCGCUUCUCAGAGUCAUUCAACCGGAAAUGGGUCACAUAACGAUCGAUGGAAUCAACAUCGCCGAUGUGAAUACCCAGGCACUGCGCACACGGGUGACCUUUGUCGCCCAAGAUCCUGUUCUCUUCCCAGGGAGUAUUCGGUUGAACCUUGAUCCAACCCAGGAAUUCACUGAUCAACAAUGUGCUGAUUUGUUAGCACGUCUCUGUGGCCGACACGGUUGGAGCCUUGACACAACUAUUGAGGCUGGUGGUAAAAACUUGAGCCAGGGUCAACGUCAACUCAUUGCUUUGACUCGUUCAGUUCUCAGGCGUAGCUCCGUCGUUAUCUUUGACGAAGCAACAGCUUCAAUUGAUCAUGAAACAUCUCUAGAGAUCCAGCAGAUUGUCCGAGAGGAGCUUCGGCUUUCAACUGUCAUCACGAUUGCACAUCGAAUUGAGGCUGUGAAUGGUGCAGAUUACUUCGUUGUUCUAGACCAAGGGCGAGUCUCUCGCCAUGGGUACGUCUGCGACUUGUAA